GAGCUCACCUGAGAGACAACCUGCAUCCUCCCUACCUACGCUACAUCAUCCACCCAUCCAUCGAUCCCACGCCGACAAAGCAGAGAGAGGAGAAACAGAGGGAAGAGAUCAAAAACAGACAGACAGACAGACAUGCUCUCCAAAGUACAGAGAUCCUUCAGACCUGCGUCUGUUACGCUGAGACGACUCCACCAGUCAGCCCUGGAUGUGGUAGAUCAUCCAGCCUCAGAGGACAGUGUGACAGACAGUUUUGGCAGGUUCAUCCAGGGUGUCCAGCCCCACCAGCUGACCCCCACCGUGCUCCACCGCAGUAAGAGGAUGGUCCUAGACUCCAUCGGAGUGGGACUACUGGGCAGCACCACACAUGUCUUCCAGCUGGCCCUGCAACACUGUCAGCACAUGUACGGUCCUGAUGACAUCAGCAGUGUGUACGGACGCAGAGGAACCAGACUCUCCCCAACCCUGGCUGCCUUUGUCAACGGAGUGGCUGCCCACUCCAUGGACUUUGAUGACACCUGGCACCCUGCCACUCACCCGUCAGGGGCAGUCCUUCCUGCCCUGCUGGCGGUCAGCGAUAUGCUGCCCAGUAACAGCAAGCCUAGUGGGCGGGACUUCCUGCUUGCGUUCAAUGUGGGUAUAGAGAUCCAGGGACGACUGAUGAGAUUCUCCAACGAGGCUCACAACAUCCCCAAGAGGUUCCACCCCCCUACUGUUGUGGGUACUCUGGGUAGUGCAGCAGCCUGCGCCCGCCUCCUUUCUCUGGAACACUCCCAGUGUAGCCACGCCCUGGCCAUCGCUGCCAGCCUAUCAGGAGCCCCCAUGGCUAACGCCGCCACCCAGUCCAAACCCCUCCACAUCGGCAACGCAGCGCGGCUGGGGCUUGAGGCGGCUCUACUGGCCUCUAGAGGUCUGGAGGCCUCACCCAGGGUCCUGGAUGACACCGCCGGGGUCGCAGGGUUCAGCGCCUUCUACGAGGACUACGCCCCACAACCUUUGGCCUCCCCAGAGGAAGAGGGGUUGCAGUUCCUCCUAGAGAACCAGGAUAUAGGGUUUAAGAGGUUCCCGGCCCACCUGGGGAUGCACUGGGUGGCCGACGCUGCUGCCGCCGUACACAAACUGCUGCUGGGGGAGCAGGGGUCAGGGGGGAGUGGUCAGGGGUCAGGGGUCGUAGGUCAGGUCCAGGACAUCCUGCUCAGGGUUCCCCGCUCCAAGUACAUUGAUCGUCCGUUCCCGGAGUCGGAGCAUGAGGCCAGACACUCCUUCCAGUUCAACGCCUGCUCUGCCCUGCUGGACGGAGAGGUCACCGUGGACUCAUUCUCCCAGGAAGCACUGCAGCGCCCCGACCUCUACUCCCUGCUGGGGCGUGUCCACGUCGAGCAUCCCCAUGACAACCCUGCUAACUUUGACCGCAUGUACGGCGAGGUGCAGGUGACGCUGGUGGGCGGGGACGUCCUGAACGGACGCUGUGAUACUUUUUAUGGUCACUGGCGUAACCCUUUGACCAAUGAGAGCCUGAGGAAGAAGUUCCGUAGCAACGCUGGGGCGGUCCUUCCCAGAGAGAAGGUGGAGGGUCUGAUAGAGGCAGUAGAGGGACUAGACCGACUGGAGGACUGCUGUCCUCUGUUGGAGCAGCUACAGUGAUCACACACAGAGCUACAGGGAUCACACACAGAGCUACAGGGAUCACACACAGAGCUACAGGGAUCACACACAGAGCUACAGGGAUCAUACACAGAGCUACAGGGAUCACACACAGAGCUACAGGGA